AUGUUCGGCUUUGAUGGAAACGUUAAAAAACGUUCUCAUAUCAAUCUCGGUGGUUCGAGAAAUGUAAAGGACAAACAGACUUUAAUACAAAGUAAUCAGGAAAGAAGACUUGCAAGAGAACAUGAGAGGAAAAGAAAAGAGUCUGUCACAAAGAUACAAGCAUUCGUUCGAAGCAGAAUAAUUGUCAAAAAGUUGCGCGCAUCCAAACGCUUGGAAUGGGAUGUCGAGGCUCAGAACUACUUAAAUUCCAACUUCUCGCCUCACGUGGCAGCUCUGAACUUGGUUUCUCUGGUCAGAAAAUUUUUGUUCUUUUACCAACCAUUGCAGGACGUUGAGAGGGAGACUCGCUUGUGCUAUUUAUUGACUUUGAAACGACAAGACACGAUACUCUUUAUCCAUCCCUUUUUAUACGACGAUCUACGCGACGAUUGGACUUAUCAAACGAAGCGUCUUUUAGUUUUAUUUCUCAGACGGUUUGGGUCUCACCAAAUACAUCCGAAUUUCCUCCUUGAUUACGUGAAUUUUAUACGAUCAGCUACCGAUGAGUCAAACUAUUUGCGAAUUGAGGAUGAAAUUUGCAGGAAAAAGAUCGUUUACUGUCUUCUUGAGCAUUUAAUACAGCAGGGCCUGUACAGAGAAUUGCGUAAUCAUCUCCUUGGAUUGCCCGUCGACGCUGAAGUACCUUCACCGACAAUCCCUUCCCUAAGCCACCUCUCAACUCUUCCCUUCCGUAGUCUUUCUGCCGACUCCCCUGUCUUAAUUCCUUCCAUCCACGCCUUCAUUACAGAAAUUUUGAAAAUACCCUUACUGAUGUAUCACGUAAAACAAGAACUGUCAGCAUUCGUAGCGGCCAUUCCAAUCGAUAUUGUCGUAAUAGAGCUAUCAACAAUGAGUUUUAAAAACGAAGAAGGACUGAAAACAGGAACGGGCACAGAGCUGAUUUUAAGCACAGAGGAGGCUGCUGGUUUAUUGAGCAAUAUACUGGCUUUUACUCGUCCCGAAAAGAUUGCAUCUUUGAGUAAAUUUGCUAUUGACAGGGGGAUUACAUUGGAUGAUGUCAUGCUUGCGUACUUGGAAGUGCUCAAGAAUUUAUUUACAUUGAUUCCAACAAGUGCGCUUUCUAAAAAGUCACAGAACGAGAACACAUCCUCGAGUUAUGACGAUGAUGAGGACGAAGACGAAGAACUUUCAUCUUCCGACCCAUUACGUCCCCCUCUAGAUCAUCGUCUGCUUUGGUGGAUCGAGCGUUUUUUCAAAGGUCCUCAACUUGCAUCCAUCUUCGCCUUCGCUGCUUCAUCUUCUUGUCCGACGUCACUCCUUCGUGUUUGUAACUUACUCAUGGCUCUCAUGAAUCGAUGGCCAUUGAAGAAGCAACAGCUAUUGACUAGCAUGAUGAAGAGAAUUGGUCCAGACAAGAAAGAUACCUACGUCAAGAUGAUUUGGGAAGGAUUCAGAGCAAUGGAAUUAUAUGGAAAAAUUAACGAAAGAAUGUUUCCCAUAGCAGUUAUUACAGACCCUAUAUAUGCCCAACAAUGGGAAAUGCUAGCCCUUCUAUGCGAACUAUUUAGUCGCGUAUUACUGACUACUGGAGACGACGAGUUCUUUGAAAAUGGGAAGAAUCCUCUGCAUCUUGAUGAAGUUAUCAAGAUGUCUGCUUGUUUGAGGAAUGUCACUUUUGCACUAUAUUGGAAUUCGCAUUUCAAAAUUGAAAGUUUUCUCGAAGGCACAUGUAUACAACUUACAUAUUUAAGGGACAUAUUGACAAAAGUGCUCCAGCAAAUACAUGCGAGAGACUCUCGUCGCCAAUUCACAGAAACAGGUCAUUGGUUAAUGCCUAUGCAGAUGGAUAUGGCAUCUUUCAUAAACGAAGCAGCGUCUUAUGAUCCAAAUGCUGAAGAGUUACCUUCCAAGAUUGGACCGCGUCGAAUUGCUCCUAUCAGUCACCGAAUAAAGAUAUUAAGCAGCAUUCCAUUUGUCAUUCCAUUCGAGGACCGAGUCAAGCUAUUUAGGAAAUUCGUACAAAAUGAUCCGGGACGACCAUAUAAUCACUACCGAAUGCGCGUCGAGAUCCGUCGGACCCACAUAUUUGAAGACGCCUAUACAUACCUUAGUGGAUUAAAAGAAGAACUAAAAGAUCGCAUAGCAAUCUCUUUCAAAGAUCAGUACAACAUUGUAGAGGCUGGGAUUGAUGGCGGGGGAUUGUUGAAAGAAUUUUUGACUUUGCUGUGCAAAGAAGCGUUCGAUGCAAACCGUGGCUUAUUCGUUACAACCAAAGAUCAAUUACUAUAUCCUAAUACGCUGAGAUAUGCUCAAGAAGAACAACAAUUGAACUGUUACGAGUUCCUCGGUCGUAUAUUGGGUAAAGCUUUAUACGAAGGAGUAUUGGUUGAUUUUGCAUUUGCUGGAUUUUUCCUAAGUAAAUGGCUUAACAGAUCAUCAUAUUUGGACGACUUACCAUCGCUAGAUCCGGAAUUGUACAAAGGAUUAAUAAUACUCAAAAAUUAUGACGGCGACGUCGAGAGUGAUUUCGGAGUGAACUUUACAGUUGUUGACAAUGAACUUGGCGAGUCUCGUAUAGUUGAACUUAUACCAAACGGCGCGAACAUUCCGGUGACUAAUGAAACAAAAUACCAAUACGUCUUUCGAGUUGCCAAUUACAGACUAAACACGCAAAUAGAUAAACAGUGUAAAGCAUUCUUUAAAGGGCUUUCCGACUUGAUUGAUCCAAAAUGGUUACAAAUGUUUAAUCAACAAGAACUCCAAGUUCUUGUUGGUGGAGCACAGAUCGACAUCAACCUUGACGACCUUCGUCAGAAUACUGUCUACUCUGGCUAUAGUGAUGACGACGUUGUAAUCCAAAACUUCUGGAAAGUUGUCUCUUGCUUCAGUGAAGAACAGAAACGUAAAUUAAUUAAAUUUGUGACAUCAUGUUCUCGACCACCUUUACUCGGGUUCGGAGAGCUUGUUCCGAAGUUUGCUAUUCGAAAUGCCGGGAAGGAAUUAAGGUUGCCUACAAGCAGCACUUGUUUUAACUUGUUAAAGUUACCCGCAUAUCCUGAUGAAAACACGUUGAGAGCGAAAUUGGAAUAUGCAAUCGACGCGGGUGAUGCCACCAAAUACAAAGAUUUCCGGGUUAUAGUUGGCAUUGACUUUGGGACAACCUUUUCAGGCUAUGCUUUUGCUCACAAAGCAAAUCCGGAUCAAAUCGAAAGCCAAGACAUGUGGCCAGGACAAGAGGGCUCGCUGAAAACAAACACAGUUCUCCUGUAUGACAAUGAGUGGAACGUAAUCAAGUGGGGAUAUUCUGCAUUGGCUGAACGUCCCGAAAAGAAAUCUCAGAGGGAUAAUUGUCUCGUUGAGCUGUUUAAAUUACAUCUGGGCAACUUGUCCCAGGAUAAAGAAUCGAGAUUGCCGAGGGGGCUAGACUAUCGAAAAGCAAUUACAGAUUAUCUUAAAAAACUGAAUGAGUCUAUUCAGGAGACAGUAAAAGCAAGAUGGUCAAAACUUGAUUAUUACUCUCACGUAAUUAAAGUAAUGACUGUACCAGCAGAAGAUGAUGGGAAAGCACGGCAUGUUAUGCGUACAUGCGCAUUUGAGGCGGGAAUAAUAAACACUUUAAGCUCGGAAGGCUUAGAAUUUACCAGUGAAUCUGAGGCUGCUGCGAUAUUUUGCGUGAGAACGUUGAAAGAACAUAAUCUUAAUCCAGGAUGUAAGUAUACUAGAAAUAUUUACAUCUACGCAUUGGCCGAGUCAUUAUCGCUAAGCUCAAUAAUUACAAAACGGCCUUCAGCCACUUUCUUAGUGGUAUACUUUGGUGAAAACACAAUAGACCUGACGACACGGACUCUUCUUGCUCAUAACAAAAUAUCCGAAAUCGUUGCACACAGAAAUAUCGACUUUUGCGGCAGCACCGUCAUUGAUCGUGAAUUCAUUAAUUAUAUUGCAUCAGUAGUAGGCAAAUCGGCGAUGUACAAUUUCGAGGAAAGGCACUAUGCCUCUCUGCAGUACAUGAUUCAGAAAUUCUGCAAUAAUGUCAAAUUUAAGUUUGAUGGGGACAGUGACAAGUUUACGACGAAAGACUUUGAUAUUGAAGAAAUCUGUCCAGCCUUGAUGCAAUACGUUAACGGAGAGGAAAAAAAACGAAUGGAAGAAGCGGAAUGGAUAAUCGAGCUGGAUUACGAAACUGUUGAAAGUUUCUUUGAUCCAGCUGUCGAAUAUAUUUUAUCCGUUAUAAGCAUCCACCUGAACCAAACGGGAGCUACGUCAGCAAUAUUGUUGAUCGGAGAAUUAUCAGAAUCGAGGUAUUUAUUGCAGAAGGUUAAAAAUAAAUUUUCGAGUCAAGUUGGUAUUAUUGCAGUUCCACCCGCUCCUAUUGCUGCUGUUGCGCGGGGCGCGGUAUACUAUG